GCUGGCUUUCCGGGGGGGUGAAGUCCAAAAAGGAAGGGCAGCAGCUCAGGGUCAAACAAGUGCAAGCCACAGUGGAGCGCCACUGCAGCUCGUGCUUCCGACCGCAUUUUCCUUGUUGCAGAUCAGCCAUCUCGUCUUUGACACUUGCACAUCAAAUGGUGUACAGCAAUGUCAUCAUGGAUCCCAGACUUCUCUAACUCCCACCGCUUGCAGCUCGGAGUGACGGCCGUGGUGUCUGGCUGCGUGGCCAUCGGGGCGCUGAUAAGUCUACAACGGGCGAGGAUAUGGCACGAGGAACAUGAGUUGAAAGACUCCAUACCUGGCCUCGACCAGCCCCACGAUAUAGAACGUAUAAACGAAUUCGGCGGCGCUGUACCGGAAGAUGCCCGAGAUAUUACUGAAGCAGAGCGAAGUGCUGCUCUUGCCUUACGAGCUCGUUUGGGAGAUUACGAUGAGGGUCUAAUAUUGGAACAACUUGCUCGCAAUCGAGUCUUUCUCACAGACGACGGCUUAGCCAAACUGCGAAAAGCUUUCGUAAUCGUUGUGGGCUGUGGAGGAGUCGGAUCUCAUGCAACUGCUGCUCUUGCGCGAUCAGGGUGCGGCAAAUUACGCUUGAUCGACUUCGACCAGGUCACGCUCAGCUCUCUCAAUCGGCAUUCCGUCGCGACUUUGGCGGACGUCGGUACGCCCAAAGUCCACUGCUUGCAGAGACGGUUGGAGCAGAUCACCCCCUGGAUCCAUUUUGAUUGUCGGAAUGAGUUGUUCUCGGAAGCUGCUGCAACUGCACAACUCGCACCAUGGAAAGAUGGCCAGAAACCCGACUACGUCAUCGAUGCGAUUGAUAACAUCGAUUCCAAGGUGGCCCUGCUACAAUACUGCCAUCAAAAGGGGAUCCCUGUGAUUUCUUCGAUGGGCGCGGGGUGCAAAUCCGACCCCACUCGCAUCUUCAUUGGCGACAUUUCAGCGUCUACCGAUGACCCGCUGUCCCGCUCUACACGACGUCGACUUCGCAUGUUGGGCGUCAAGGAAGGCAUCCCGGUAGUCUUCUCAUCUGAAAAGACGGGGCCAGGGAAAGCCGAGCUACAGCCGCUGGCGGAGGAGGAAUUCCAAAAAGGCACCGUGGGCGAGCUUGGCGUCCUCCCCGAUUUCCGAGUCCGCAUCCUCCCUGUGCUAGGCACGAUGCCGGCGAUGUUUGGGCUGUGUGUGGCAAACCACGUAAUGCUGGAGAUCUCGGGCUAUCCGCACGACUACCUCCCCAGCAAGUCGCGGGACAAAAUGUACGAAGGCGUGCUCGCGCAGCUGCAAGGACUGGAAGAGCGGGUUGCCCGCCACCACGGCCUCGAUCCAUUGGGGCUUCGCAUCCCACUCACUGCGGAUGACGUGGGAUACGUGAUUGAAGAAGUCUACGGUGGACGCAGCGUGGUCUCCGGACUUGCUAGUCGACUUGCUCUGACCAGAUGGCGCAAACCGGAGGGCGCCUGGAUCGACCAAAAGACGCCAGGGCAGAAUGCAGAUCGACUAGAUCUCAGUCAACUCGUUUGUCUCACUAAGGACGAGAUGCUCAGGCAUGAGAAAUUGGUGCUGAAGGAGGGGAAGCCGUUGGAGGAUGUGUAUGAGCGAAAUGUGAUAGAGCUGGUGGAGCGGAGGAUGCUGGAGGAGAGUCGAUUCCGAGAACAACGGUGACGACGAGGUGCUGGCGAUAUUUCGGCAGAGGCAUCGCUCCUACGAACUCCUAGAUAUCUUCUCCAUGCACGUGAUUUUCGCGAUUAGAGUUUGGCAAGCGCGAAGAGCGUACAUUGCCCUUCUUCAAUACCUUACACCCGUCACCUCGACUUGACCGCUGUCCGGCUGGAAAAUGUCUAAUCGAUUCGGCCUUUAGCAUCUCCACAAAUACCGGACGGAACGAGCAGGACUGAGGUCUACCUUGCGGUGUUUUAUAUCAAUGAAGACUCCACCCACAAACGCACCCCGCGUUCACGGCGAAGUCUCCGCAAGGGUCUAAGCUUCGAUCGGCGUUCGAUGCGAUGCAGCAUCCAGUUCAAGGAACGCAGCACGACGAUGAAAGAUCUCACACGCAUCUCCAUUUCCUCGUAGUGGAGUGCAAUUUGACCUGACUCACCGGC